ACAAAGUGUGUUCUAAAAUAGCCUUUGCAUUUUUUAUUGUAAUGCCGUUUGCUUUAAAUAUAUCGGUGUAUAAAAAUGUUAUCUAGUAUAUAAAAUUCACUCUAUCGGAUUUGAACCACUUGCUGGUUGACCUUUGCCAGUUAAACAUUUGUAGCCAUCUGCAUUUUAGCAUAACUGAUUGACAAAUUUCUACGAUGCAAUUUUGAAGCUGAUGAUUUCCGGCAUAAUGGUUAACAUUUGCUCAUAAUAUGAAGAGAGAGUUAGCGAUACGACGACAAUUUGCAGCCUCGAACAAAAUCAGACAUAUCAAAAAAAUAACCAACAAAUGUAACAAACUCACGCUCAUCAAAUGAACCAAGCACUUAUUAGUAGCAAUACUUCUCCCCCAAGAACCAGUAAAGCCCCCCAGCGUAUCCCUUUUUCAAGUUUGAAUACACAGCUGCCACCACAGAUCAAAGUUGACGUUGCGGCUCCUGGAAAUUCAGGAUCCGAGAACGAUUCAAGAAACGAGAAGCUACAUUCUAAGAACACGAAUACAAGUUUAACACAAAGCGACAGUGGAGUAGAUACUUCAUUUCAAUCUAGUAAAAUUUUGAGUAAUUCUCAGAAACAGAAUGUAGUUGAUAGUGAUAGCAGUCAAAGUCAGUCUAAAGAUCCAGAGUUUCUUGCGAAAUUGGAAACAAAUUUGAACCCAAGUCCAGGAACUACACAGAUUCCAGAAAGUCCCCAAAGAGGCAGAAAAGCUUCUAAAUUGAAUUCAAAGCACGACCAGAGAUCGGCUAGUGGCCAUUCAGCUGUUCUGGUUUCAAGUAGUUACAGAUAUUCGUCAACAUCUUUUCAGCCAAACACGACGAGUGAAACCAACAAUUGGGUUCCUGUAACUCAGGGAGCCCAAAAUCUUCCCGACGUCAGCACCUCUGACUCGUCAUUUAAUGGUGUGGCUAGAGUGAAAGUAGUUCCGAAACGAAAUUCAGCGAAGGUUCUACAAAGAGACGAGAGACCUCCAGUAAGAAUCCAUUCCUUGCAACCAGGGGUGACUAUUGGCCCAGCUGAGUCAUUUUCAGCCAGUCAGGUUGAAGCUGAGUAUCACAACGUAUUAUUGACAAGGUCUUUAUCAGAGAGUAUAUCAGCACAUCGUCAAGUGGCCUAUAGAGGUUUGAACGAGGACGACGAAGCGUUUUCGAUGGACUCGGAAAAACUGAAAGUCAGAUUUUUGUCGGCUUGGAAUAACGUUAAAAACGGAUGGGCAUUCGGCAAGAGAAAGGCUUCGUUUUCAUCACCACACCCGAUUUGGCUCUUGGGUGUCAAGUACGACUCGAAAGGAAGCAGCGCAGAUAGCAUUGAAGCUCAAGAUAGCAGCGCUAUUCAAACGGCCGAAGAAACAGCAGGUGCCUCAGAAAACGCUUUACCAAGUGGUCGAAUCACGCCGAGUAAACGACUUAGCGGCAGCACUGCCAACAUAGACAGUAUGAGACAAGGGGCCUCGCCAACGAGUGCCAGACGUCGCUCAAGUAGCUUGGGUGAAGAAAUAACAGAACAAACGACAGUGUUGUUGAAUUUUCCUGCCUUUAAACAUGACUUCCAAUCGAGAAUCUGGUUCACGUAUAGGAAGGACUUCCCGCCCUUGCCGGAAACGAAGUCGACUUCGGAUACGGGCUGGGGAUGUAUGUUGAGAAGUGGACAGAUGAUGUUAGGCCAGGCACUGCUUCUGCAUAUGUUGCAAAGAGAGUGGAAAUUUGAAGGACCUCUCAGCUCACAGAAAACUUACCUUCAGAUUUUGAGACUCUUCGACGAUGCCGUUGGUCUGAGCGCGCCUUUCUCGCUGCACACACUCGUCAACAUCGGCAGGGAAUCCGGCAAGAGUGUCGGAGACUGGUACGGACCUUCCUCAGUCGCAUAUGUUCUGCGCGACGCAUUGGAACGCGCUAAAGCCAGUAACGUCGACAGCUGCUUGAACAAUCUCUCCAUUUACAUUGCCCAAGAUUGCACCAUUUACAAGAACGAUGUAGUAACGCAAUGUUUGUCUCAGAGAGAAGAUUCUGCAGUUAUUAUUUUGGUGCCCGUUAGGCUUGGUGGCGAUUAUUUCAACUCGUCAUAUUCCUCAUUAGUUCAAGAUUUAUUUCAUUCCGAAAACUGUUUAGGAAUAAUAGGAGGAAAACCACGACAUUCUCUGUAUUUCGUAGGUUAUCAAAAAGAGAAACUACUUUAUUUAGAUCCUCAUUUUUGCCAGCCGACAGUUAUAACGAAAGGUGAGUAUUUUCCGACCGAGACAUUCAGGUGUGAGUACCCGAGAAAAAUGUCUGUGCAGAAAAUGGAUCCAAGUUGUACGCUGGGAUUCUAUUGCAAAAACAGAAACGAGUUUAUGAAGUUUUGCUUCCAAAUGACACCCACAAGUCUAGAACGUGGAGUUUACCCGAUGUUCGUCAUCAGUUCGUCAAGUUACGAAGCUGUAAUGAAGACUAUCAAUUUGGAAAAACCUCAGAAGAAGGAGAAGAUUUUAAGGGUGCACCAUUUGGACCAAGAUGGAAAUGCGACCAGUGCGUGUGAAGACUUUGUGUUUCUAGAAGUGAACAAAGCGGGAACAAAAAGUGUGGGAAAACAUUCAGCAGCUUCUGCCUCUUCUUAGUUUUUUUUCAAUUGAGUUCGCAGCUAGUAUUUCUUCAUCUCUAGAAAUAGUGCAACGAUUUUUUUAGUUUACUUGUGACAGAAAGUUAUUGGCCAAUGACUAUCCCUUCCCACUGGAGUUAAUAAAUUCAGUUAAUUUUUUGGGUGAAGUACAUUUUUUGAGUUCCAUUUUUUUGCUUGCCCAUUUGAUUUUGUCUCAGUGCAUUAUCUCAAAAAAAUAUCAAACAGAUAUCUCAAGCUUAAGCUGUACUACUUUUAUAAUUAUUAGUCUCCAAAAUCCGCCCUGUUUAGCAUAGCGCCUGUAUCCUUGUCGUAAGAUACAUUAUUCUCAAUAUCAACUCUUCUUUUCAUGGCGAUCACUGAAAACAAGCAGCAACGGUCUAGCCCAAAAUUAUCUCAAAAGUGCGACAGCAAGCAUUCCAAAGUGUUGUAUCAACCACUUCCAGACACAACAAGUCAAAUGGCACACAUUUAAGGGUCUAAUGAGGUUAUUGCAGCUAGUUCAGACUCAUUGAAAUGCAAAAUUGGUCAUAAAUUAGCGCAAAAUAA